AUGGUUCCCAUGGCGUUUAUGUACCUGACUGCAACUGUAUACAUGUACUAUCAGGCUCUUGCUGCUGGUAUGUACUACUACUACUACAACUACUACUACAACGAUUAUCCACUAUCUUUCCUUAGGAAUGUGGUUAGGAUCAGCUACUACAAGAAUGUCUACACUGCUGACCUCGUGGUGGAGAGUAACGUCACACUACAAGCAGUGAGCAUCCUGUCAGUCUUCAAUACAAUAACCAACCUUCGGGUGACUGAUGCCAAUGGAACUUCCCAUCGAGUGAUGCUUGUAGGAAGUGAACUGGUUGCAGUUCAUCUCGAGGUAACUGCUAUACUGCAAAAUGGAGCUACGUGGGAUUCAAACAAAACUAAACAGCUUGAGACUGCCUUUCGAGGACUGAAUGGUGUUGAGCACUUGAACCUUACUGGCCUGAGGGGAUCCAACAGUACUGCUGACUUUGAGAUGGACCUUAGCUGUAAAAGUGAAACAUCUAAACUCCAAGAAAUUGUUUCCAAUUUGGAAACCAGUCUCGGAGCUGUUGUUUGGGUCAACAUUACAGGCACGGUCACGUUAGAGUCAUCGGAACCUUUGGUGCCUUACAUGUCCGAGCCCACACUGAAAUGCACUUUAGAGGAGGCAUCGAGCGACGCUGGCUGGAAAAUGUGUCGUGCGGAUGGAUGCUUUGAACUUAAUAAUGGCAGUGUGGUAAAACUGGACACCAGCUGCGCCACAAAAGAAUACAACUCUUGCAUUGCAGUGACACUGCAUAAUAUAACAAGCAAUUGGGCAGGCACGUAUGAAUGUGCAUUCACUGUUGGGUCGAUCAGGCAUACAGCAAAGACAGAACUAAGAAUGGCCCUCCUGCCUGACGAGAUCUCCAUGAUGGCCACACCGCCAACUGUGCAUUGCUCAAAUAGCACUGAAAAUGUUACAGUCGACAUCAAAGUGACUGUCCCAUACGUCCAUGAGAUGUAUGAGGCCUGGUGGAGCUACAAAGGUGGAAAGAAAAAAUGUCCAGGCAACACAUCUGGGGAUUUCCUGUACUAUCAUUUCGAAACUGCAAUAAGCUGCCAGAAAACCAAAGAAGCACAUUACAUGACCGUCACCUUUAAAAACAACAAGGACCAACAAAAAUCUGCAAGACUGGACAUUCCAGUAAUUUAUGAGGGUGAACGUUUUUGCAGAGAAGAUGGGGAUUGGCCAAAGACCCCAGACGGACAUACAGUAGUAAAGCAAACAUGUCCAAAUGGCAGGGUUGGCAAUGAGUUGCGCACUUGUACAGGAAACAAGUGGCAGCCAGUGUUCUCCAAAUGUGUCAGUGAACAAUUGUUUUCCACUUUGAAAGAAGCACAGCGCUUCAUUACUGGACAAGGGUCUACUCACGAGGCGGCAAUGGGAAUAUUUCAAGGACUUAAGAACAGUUCUAUGUCUGAUUCGGAUUCGAGUGGCAGGAUGGCUGACCUUAUGGGUUCCAUCCACAUUCUUGGCCUGAUGGCCAACGCAUCAGAAAACAUUGCCAUACAAGACAAUGUUUUACCUGACUUCAUAAAUGCUGCAAGUAAUAUGUUGGACCAAACCUGGGAUGGAGUCAACAAAUCUGUUAUUCAUGACAUGUCAUCACAUUAUCUUCGGUCUGUGGAAAAUUUGGUGAAGAACAUCGAAGUCAACAAAAGCGAAGGGCUAACCACUCAAAAUUUAGACCUCAAGUUUUGCCCAAGUGGUAACUGUAACCUGACUUUGUUCAACAGCAUGGUAAACCUGAAGACUUUCGGACUGGUAAAAACUGUUGCGGUCAAAAAUCUGACGGAUAAAUUACGAAACAACUUCCCCAAUACAGAGGCAUCUACGGUUUUGAUAUCAGCCACACUGGAAAACAUGAAAGAGUCAUCUAUAAGAAUUAGCUUGGACUUCUUCAAUGAGCAACAGACAUCUAUAAAACAUGUCUGUGUUUUCUGGAACAUCUCAGAGAGGAAGUGGUCAGAGGAUGGAUGCGUUGCCCAAAAUGGCAUUGGCGGCCGCAGAAUUUGUCUGUGCAACCACUUAACUCCGUUCUCUUAUCUCAUUGACAUUAGGAGCACAACUGCUCAGUCCCUUGAGAUCCUUACAACAGUCGGACUGAGUGUGUCCAUUUGCUCCUUGGUGAUCUUUCUUGUCAUUGAGUUUGUGGUGUGGUCAAAAGUAGUCAAAACGACCCUUUCACAUGUUCGUCACACAGUCAUGGUGAAUAUGGCUGUUUUCCUCUUGCUCGCCCACUGCAGUUUCUUGGCUUCCAAUUCUCCUGACCUCCCAGACACAUGGUGCUGCAUUUUGAGCAUCUGCAAACACCUUUUUUUCUUGGCCACAUUUGGUUGGAUGCUGUGUUUGAGCCUGGUGCUCGUCCACCAGCUCAUCUUUGUAUUCAGACCCCUGAGAAAAAGGGUUUUCAUGUUUUUCUCCAGCUUUGUUGGCUACGUCUGCCCGAUGCUCAUAGUGGGAUCCACCUAUGGGUAUUGCAGAUUAUCCAACAAGCGUUACUAUGCCACUAACAACUGUUGGCUAGUUUAUAGGAAGCCAUUCGGAGGCUCGUUGCUUGCUUUUCUGGUCCCAGUAGCAACCGUUACUUUGACAAAUAUUUUUUGCGUGGUGGUCGUCAUUGUUACUCUGUUGAAGUCUUCAGUUCCUGAUGGCAGCAAGGCAGACUACAAGGAGACAGCCAAAAGCAUCCUCAGAGUGGUGGUCCUGUUAACACCAGUCUUUGGCCUAACAUGGGUUCCUGGAUUCGUUUUGUUGAUGCUGGAUGCCAAAGAUGUUAUGUUUGCUGUUACUGUCUACAGUUUCACCAUCCUCAAUUCCUUUCAGGGACUUUCCAUUUUGCUCACAGGGUGUUUAGCAGAGCAGAAGGUUCGAGAGGAACUGUCGAGGCUCUUGACGUCUCAGGUGAACUCAAAAGGACGAAAAAAAAAGCCCAAAACCUACAACAUACAACAACAACAUACCUGA